AUGGCGGCCACAGCGUCUGCCUUGACCCUAGCCUCGUCUAUGGUGGCGAGCACCCCAUCCUGGAUGGUGCUGGGCGCCGACGGGCCGCUCUUCAGGAAAGGCUUUUGGGCUGUGGGAGGCCACGUGCAGGCCACCAGGAUACAGGACGGACAACCAGCCUUCUUGCUGAAUUCUAAGACCGCUAACAAUGCCGUCGAUGCCUAG